AUGUCAAAUCGUCUGAACAACCUGAUGCAACACAUCUCCAUCAAGGAGAGCGAUGGAGAGGCCAUGCGCCACGUGAAGCAGCGCCUUGCAAUGGCGUCCCUUGCAUCUCAGUUCACGGUGGGCAAGCAUCACCUCAAUCAGCUGGUGAUGUACAUGCUGCACGAAAUGAUUGAGGGCCUGGAGGGCCGCGAGAGCACGAUACGCAUGCUGCCCUCGUACGUGUACAAGGCGAAGCCGAGCUCGGCGACGGGCGUGUUCUACGCACUUGACCUUGGUGGCACCAACUUCCGUGUGUUACGUGUGUCGUGCAAGGCGGGCAAGGUGGUAAACCGCGUGGAUUCCUCUUUUGUGAUUCCAAAGAAGGCCCUGGAAGGGACUGCAACCGACCUGUUCGAUUUCAUCGCCAGCAGCGUGAAGAAGAUGAUGGAGACCAAGGCCCCGGAGGAUCUGAGUCACACAGUGCCACUGGGCUUCACCUUCAGUUUCCCCACUGACCAGAAGAGCGUGGAUCGCGGAAUUCUGAUCAAGUGGACGAAGGGCUUCUCGACUCAGGGCGUGGAGGGCAAGGAUGUGGUGGACCUUCUGCAGACGUCGCUGAAGCGCGUGAACGUGAAGCUGAAGGUGGUUGCACUCUGCAACGAUACCGUCGGUACGCUCAUCACGCGCUACUUUGAGGACCCUGAUGCGCAGGUUGGCGUGAUCCUUGGCACUGGCUCCAAUGCGUGCUACUUUGAGACGGCUGCCUCGGUGAAGAAGGACCCUGCCGUGGUUGCCCGCGGUGCAGCUCAGACACCAAUCAACAUGGAAUGCGGUAACUUCGACUCCAAGUACAAGUUCGUGCUUCCGAUCUCCGUGUACGACGAGGAGAUGGACUCCAUUACACUGAACCGUGGACAUCAGGCACAGGAGAAGCUGGUUGCCGGCAUGUAUCUGGGGGAGAUCGCCCGCCGCGUGAUCGUGCACCUUGCCCAGUUGAAAUGCCUGCCCAGCAACCUCGGGACCGCAAUGGGUAAGCCUUGGAGCUUCGAGACGAAGUUCAUGGGCAUGAUCUCUGCCGACCGCAUGCCUGGUCUGCAAUUCACGCGCGGCACGAUCCGCCGACUGUUCGGUGUUGAUGUGCAUGAGGUUGCCGAUCGGCGCGUGAUCUGCGAUGUGUGCCGCCUGGUUCGCGGACGCGCGGCGCAGGUUGGUGCCAUGUUCUGCAGCGCCCCGCUUAUAAAGACACACACACAAGGCCGCGCGACGGUUGCCGUCGACGGUUCAGUGUUUGAGAAGCUUCCCUCAUUCCGCCGCCUGUUCCAGGAUACCAUGAACACCAUCCUCGGUCCCGAGUGUGACGUGAAGGCGGAACUCGCGAAGGACGGAAGCGGUAUCGGUGCCGCUUUUAUCUCAGCACUGGCUGUCAACGACAAAUGA